AUGUCUCAAGUUGUUGAUCCAAUCGUUCUAAAAGAGACUUUUCCUGAGAUCUUCAAGAAAUUUCCGGAACUAGACUUGGGCAUUAUCUUCGAAGCUUUAGAUGAAUCAGAGUUCGAUGAGGAGGCCGCCAUCGAAGCUCUCAUCGGUGGAAAUGCUGCUGCUGCGUCGUCUGCAUUCAGCAAAAGUGAUACUCGAGUCUCGACAGCUGGGAAUGAGAAUACUUCGUCUCCUCUUUGUCAAAAUGAUAACGCGUCUAUGGAUGUUGAUAUUCAAACGCCCGUUAAACAUGAAUCUACGGUUAGUGAUAAUCAAACGUCUGUUAAGCACGAAUCUAUGGAUAUUGAUCACGAAGAGCCGAACGAACGUACUUCCCCACGCCUCAAGCGUAAACAUGAGUCUACCUCUAAACCUAAACAUAAGGUCUCUUCGAAACCUCAAAAGAAGUGCUUGCGUUAUUAUAGGUUUAGGGAGGAUGAAGUUGAAGAAAAUGAAUCAUUUGAACUCAUCGGUGAAGACCCGGUGUCCAGGGAUACACAGGAGUCUGGGAAUGAUGAUAGAAAUACACUCCCGUGUCGUAUUCUGGAAAACUUCAUCGUAUAUGAUGUUUCCGAGAAAAACCGAGUUGUCAGCAUAGAGGAAGUUGAUGAAGAAGGAAGAGAAAUACAUGCUUCAGGAAUAGUGAAACCAAUAUAUGUCGGUCAGGAUGAUGAGGAAAUUGAAGAGGAUGAAGACAAUGAGGAGGAAAAAAUUCCUGAUCAAUAUUUUAGAACGAGCACGAUCUUUUAUUUUCAAAUAGAUUAUACCCCGGGUGGGCAAAGUGAAAUAUGGUUACGAACGCAGUAUGCGUUUUACAAAUUAUUAAAGGCAUCCGACGAUUAUUUGCCAUACUUUAUACCUGUGUUUAAAAGAAUUCGCGCCGCGAACUUGGCGAUCGAGGCAAUGGUCAGUGAUGCUAAUAUUACGUAUGAUCGUUUCAUUGAAAAUCUUCAGGAAUCGGCUUCUUCGUUUUCACCUUCGUCCUGUGUACCGGAAUCUUUAGCUGUCAAAUUAACCGAAAAAGAUAUAAUAGAAAACCUUGAAUAUAUUACUGAGGAAAUAGAGUCAUGGGUGAGUGAACAAGAGGCUUUUGGAAUCUUCGAUAGCCCGCUGUUGGCUAAGUUUAAUGAGCUUCGAGAUAAAAACAUGAACAAGAAGCAGAAAAGGUUUAGAACGAUAAGCACAGUAAGCACAGAUACAAUUAAGACAAGACGUAGCGUUGUGAAAAAUCCCAAUCUGUCUGUUCUACAACAUCAAAAUCAAACGUGCGUGACACCUUUCAUUAACGAAUUGACGGGGGGCCUUUUUUCGAGAAAGCUAAUCACGGUAAACCAUGCACAAUCUGGAGUGGUGCAAGAUGAAGGUUUGGCAGCCACAAAAUCGCCGGUAGUAGUGAAACAAUUCACUCAUAAGGUCGAAUGGAGCGAUAAUAAAAUUGCUCAAAAUGGCGAUGUUACUUAUUAUAAAUCAGCAACUGUCGAUGGCGAAGUUAUAAAUGUCGGAGAUAUUGUUUACGUGCGAAAUGAUGUCUCCGAUGAACCAUGGUUUGCCAAAGUCGAAUACAUGUUUGACCAUCCGGUGGAAGGUAAGAUGUAUCAUUCCAGGUUCUUUAAUCACGGAAGGGAUACAGUUCUUGAAGAGAUGGCCGGGUCACGGGAAAUUUUCCUCUUGGAUAAUUGUACGGAUAAUCCUCUAGAAACAAUUAUGGGAAGGGCCAAUGUCAAAAGGCUCGAGUCAGAGGAAGAUGAAUGUUUUACAUUUGAAGACGAUAAAUAUUAUUUCUAUCGAUUUUGGUAUGAUGAAGAGUUUGUAGCUUUUGAAGAUGUGCGAUUUCAUGAAAAUCCUAACGCGCAAUUCAUAUAUUGUGAUGAGAAUGAAAAAUGUCACUCAUGUGAACGACAACUGACCAAGAAAGUCACGAAAAUCCCAAAAUGGAUAUCAUCAAAUCCUAAAGAUGGAUUUUUGUAUGAAGGUGUAGAGUAUCACCUUCACGAUUUUGUUUACAUGGUACCAGAAUCAAAAGAAAGUCCGUAUGAUAUUGGUCAAAUUGUCGAUAUAUCAAGUAAGGGCGAAUAUAUGGCUAUAGAAGAAUAUUUCAAAGGAGUUGGUGAUGCCCCUGAAAAGCUUGCGUCAGUUGCAAUUACAGUCAGAUUACUUGGUCGCCACGAUGACAUCAUCAAAGCUAGGACGAAAACAACAAUCAACAUGUCGGCAUCUUAUAGGGACAUAAUUACUAUAUCCGAAGAAGUUAAAGAUUGUCGUCGCCUUUACUUUACAGAUGAAACGAAUGAUACUUUCUAUGUGGAUUGCAAGAUACAAAAGUCGCCCACAGGAUUAGCGAAUGCGACCGAGAUUCCAAUAAAUGCCAAUGAGGUAUUGAUUUGUCGUAUUUGUGCGGAUCACCGUCAGCACAGACAAAAAACGAUGAAUGAAUUUAUGGAAUUCAUUAUGAAUAAUCAGAAGAAACUCCGGUCAAUGGAUAUUUUUUCGGGUUGUGGUGGUAUCACUGUUGGUAUGGAUCAAACGGGCGUCGUGGAUACAAGAUGGGCUAUAGAGUUUGGCUCUAGCGCGGCGCUGACGUUUCAAAAAAAUCACCCGAAUUCUAUUACGUACAAUCAGUGCGCCAACAUCUUACUACAACGAGCGAUUGAUGAACACAGUAAUAAAAAGGAGCUCAAUGUACUAUACGAUUUUUUGGGCCGUAAGGUUCCAAGCAUGCCUGCUCCAGGUGAUGUCGACUUUAUUUAUUGUGGACCGCCUUGUCAAGGGUUCAGUGGUGUAAAUCGAUACAAAAAAGCAGAUGAUAUUAAAAAUUCGUUGGUUGCAACUGCUCUUAGUUAUGUAGACUUUUAUAGACCGGAAUAUUUUUUAUUAGAAAAUGUGCGAGGAAUGCUCUGCUUCCGUCUAGGAGGUGAACAAGAUGGUAUACGAAUCAAGGGUGGGAUUAAGAUGGGCGUCGUGAAAUUCAUCCUACGCGCGUUAACUUCAAUGGGAUAUCAAACACGUUUUAGUGUUCAACAAGCGGGGAGCCAUGGAGUUCCACAAAGUCGACGACGUUUAUUUAUUUGGGGUGCCAAGCGGAACUCCUAUUUACCUGACUUUCCUCAGCCCUCCACAUGUUUCUCUAAGCAAGGAUCUGUCAAUAUAUUGCUUCCAAACGGAAACUCCUUUACAUAUAAUAAACGCACUAAUGGGCAUGCACCAUUACCACCAGUGACUGUUUGGGAAGCAAUUGGAGAUCUGCCGGCCUUUGAAUUCAUUAAUCCUCACAGUGUUUAUCCAGAGACUGAAGAGGACAGAGGACAGUUGCGUCCAUUUAAACAGAUAAUGGUUCCAGAGAGAGGCUUUGUCGGAGAUAACAUCUCUGAAUAUAAAUUAAGACCUUUAUCCGAAUAUCAGAGACAACUUCGCAAAGAAGCUAACAUUCUUCAUAAUCAUGUAACUCGUGCUUUUAACAAUUUAACCGUUGAACGUAUAGUUCGAAUACCAAUGUUUCCAGACCUUCCGGAAAAACUUAAACCUUGGUGUUUAAGUGAUCCUAAUUCGGCUGCUAGUCGGCAUAAUGGAUGGAAAGGACUUUUUGGUCGUCUAGAUUUUGAUGGUCAUUUCCUCACGGCUCUAACGGACAUAAAUCCAAUGGGGAAAACGGGGACGGUAAUACAUCCAAACCAAAGAAGGAUAGUUACAGUGAGAGAAUGUGCUCGUGCACAAGGCUUUCCCGAUUGGUUUGUCUUUUAUUCCGACAGAGAUGAUACAAAGGAUAUGCACCGCCAAAUUGGCAAUGCGGUUCCCCCACCACUGGCUAAUGCUUUGGGUCGACAUUUGGUUGAAUCACUCUAUAAAAAGUAUAAUGACAACAAAAAUGCAAAGGGGAAAGAAAGAGCUGUAUGA